UCAUCGCCAAGGCGGAGCCAGGCGGUAGCGGUGGGCGAGCGGGCGGGCUCAGCGCGCCCUCAUGGCCCUGGCGCCGGGUCAGCGGGCACGGUAGCCGGCUCCGGCUGUCGCCGCGGGUGAGUCAGAGCUGCCAAGGGAAGGCGGGCGGGACAUGAGCCUCGCCGCCGGGCUCCGACCGGCGGCCGGAGACUGAGCCACAAAGAAGUUUUCCCAGAGGCGGCGGCUCGGCGUUCCCCAUGCACGCUCCCGGCCGUCGGCCUUGGGGCGCUGCCCGGCAGGCACCUGGCGCCGAUCCCACCAUGGAGCCCCGCGCAGGGCUGCACAACAGCCCGGAUCUGUGCCGGGGCAAGCGGCUGAGCGUGGGGGAGCUCCGCUCCCUCUUCGAGGCUCGCUGCGCCGCCGUCGCUGCCGCCGCCGCCCGACAGCUGCCCGACCCGGCGAAGAGGGGCUGCCGGCCCCCCAACGGGGUGCUGCCACCCGUCAUCCCCCGCCUCACCAUCACUACCGAGGAGAGCGAAGAGGCGCAGAGCAGCCCCCAGGCGCAGCCGGCGCGCCCGGAGAGCGGCUGUCUGAGGACGGACAACUCGUUGCACCUGCAGUCCCGCAGGCUUUCCACCUCCUCGCUCUCCUCCACCGGCUCCUCGUCCCUCCUGGAGGACUCGGAGGACGACGUGCUGAGCGAUACGGAGUGCAGGAGCCAGGGCAUCGUGCACCUGGAGCACGGCGAGGAAUCCAACCAGAAAAAGGCAUGGCAUACAAUUAAAACCAUGGUUAACUUACCAGUCAUCAGCCCCUUCAAGAAACGCUACUCAUGGGUGCAGCUGGCUGGGCAUACAGGGAGUUUCAAGGCAGCUGAUAGUGGGAAGAUUCUGAAACGCUUCUCAGAGAAUGAAAAGGAGUGUUUUGAGAGGCUGAUGAAAGACCCACUACGCUCCUGUGUCCCUUGCUUCCAUGGUGUGGUGGAGAGGGAUGGGGAGAGCUACAUUCAGCUGGAUGACUUGCUUACUGAUUUUGAAGGGCCUUGUGUGAUGGACUGCAAGAUGGGAAUCAGGACAUACCUGGAGGAAGAGUUGACCAAAGCCCGUGAGAAACCCAAGCUGCGUAAGGACAUGUACAAGAAAAUGAUUGAAGUGGAUCCUCUGGCUCCCACAGCUGAAGAAAAUGCCCAACAUGCUGUCACCAAACCACGAUACAUGCAGUGGAGGGAAACCAUCAGCUCCACUGCUAACCUGGGCUUCAGGAUUGAAGGGAUUAAGAAGGCAGAUGGAACAUGUAACACAAACUUCAAAACUACGAAGACUCAGGAGCAGGUCCUUCAGGUUUUUGUGGAAUUCAUUGAGGGAAACACAACAAUUCUGAAAAAAUACCUCGAUCGUCUGCAGGAAAUUCAUAUCAUUCUUCAGUCCUCAGACUUCUUCAAGAGACAUGAGGUUGUUGGAAGUUCACUACUUUUUGUACAUGAUGGCAGUGGGAAUGCCAACGUGUGGCUGAUCGAUUUUGGGAAGACCACCCUUCUCCCUGAUGGGCAGACACUGGAUCACAGGAUCCCCUGGCAAGAAGGGAACAGGGAGGAUGGGUACCUGUUGGGAUUGGACAAUUUGAUUGGCAUCUUGGAAAGCAUCACUGAAAGAUGAGCUGAGAAAGGCACAAAACUUGGCAGGGCUGCUCUGUGAUUUUCUGCUCUACUGGGAUCGUUCAGUUAGAAGGAAACCUUUUACUCCCUCCAAAUUCCUGAUGGAGCAGGGGGAGCUGCAUCCAGAACCCAGCAGUUAGUGAUUAAAAUGACUUUGCAUCUGCCCUCUACGAACCUAAAAUAACUCCAGAGUGGUCUGUAUUGCCUAACUUCAGACUGGUCCUCAGAGAAUGAAGAUCUCCAUCCUCAGGAAUCACACCAGCAUGAGUCAAGAGGUCUGUGUGGUAAACCAGAAGGAUUGUGAUUUCUGGCAACAGGUGGGACUACAGAUUACCUCUUAGUGAAUCAGAGCAAGUGCUUGGGGAUUCAGGGUGGGAAUAACUUUUUUUCAGGAAACUGUUUUCAACCAGCAAGAGUUUCCUGUCCCCCUCCAGUUCCAAGUCUCCUUGCUUUUGUGUACAGUAGAGGUUGGACCAGUAACUUCUGCUGCAUGGCACUGGAGUGUGCACAAGGUGGAAAUGGGUGAGAGUCACAAGAAACCUGGAGCAAAGGGAGACAGCAGUCUGUAGUGGCUGGAUGGGGUAAUGUUGCCGACUCUUCCUCUUCCCUACCCUGGCCUCAAUUUGCUUCUACCCAAGAAGAGCCUUUGUUUUUAACGUAGCCUCUCAGAUUACAAAUAGUCUAGGGAGAGAGUAGCAGCCUGUUGUCUCCAAAAACAUUUGAAUUUCAGACUUGGUGGGUUGUUAGAAAAGUGCCCAGCUUGGCAAGUUUUGCCUCUUGGAGCUGAACUACAGUUCUGGAAAUCAGAAAUGACUCUUUUCGCACACAGACCAGGUAACUAAGACUUAUUGGGUGGGUUUUUUUUUAAAGCUUGUUUAUUUUUAGAUAAGCAUCCCUAUACACAGGCACAUCCGCUCACACACUAGUAGCCAGCAACCAGUAUGAUCUCUUAAGUCAUUGUUUGACUGUCUCCUAAUGUAUGUGACUUCUUGGCCAUGUUCCUGUUCCUAAAUAUGAUGCUGCCACUCAAACUGGUGCAGCAAUAGGGAAGGGCAAUGGUUCUGCAUUCACAGCAUUACACUAAUGUUGAGAUAAUUCCCAGGCAUCCUUCCUCCAAGGCAUUGGCUGCUAGCUCAGGGCAGUUUGGGGGAAGGAAUGUCAAUAAAUCACAUCCCCCAGUCCCUAUCUAGAGUCAUGGGGCCAUUGGUGGUUCAUUCUUCUCUUGCUGUGGCCCAGGCACAGCCACAGAAAAUUCACAGUGGUUAGCUAAAAAAAAAAAA